AUUUUUCCUUUUAUUACUUUUUUUUCCAGGUUUGAAUGCCGAAAAAUUAAAAGAAAAGGAUGUCCCGUUUCUACAUUUUUUGUAUUCUAUAUUGUAUCUGUCCCACAACUUGGUCUUCCACUGGGCUAUCAUGUCCCGAGAGUCUCCCUACAGUAUCCACUGUGAUCAAGUGUCCCUCAAACGAAACUGAAUGGAAAUCAGCUGCAAAGAAGAAAAGUUGUCACAAUCUUUCAAAAGUACAGAACUGCACAUCAGCUGAAAAUUUUGCCUAUCACUGUGUUUUGAACAAGGAGGCCACAAUGCUUUUGGAAGUUUGUGCUCCAGUUUGGUUUAUAUCAGGGUUUUGUGCAAGAUACAGUGCAGAGGAUCAAAGAAUUGUGAAUGAACCAGGGUUAGAUUGCACAAAGUUUGUUCGAGCAUGUCCUUCCAGAUUCAUGUCAAAUGAAUCUUAUAAAUAUCAGACAUGUUACAGAGGUAUAGGAGAUAAAAAAGAAGUACACAGUUCAGUACAGUGCAAGAAAAAUGACUACAGUAUCAUUAGUGCCUUUUUAGCGGUUGCCAUUAUAGCUGUAGUUAUCUUACUUUUGUUUAUUUUCUAUGACAAGAAAUUGAAACAAUGUAGAAAUUCGAAGAUAAUCAGAGGUGAGGAAUCCGUAGAUUUAAUGACUUGUUCUGAGGAGCAAAAAGAAGAUGUCGAUGAAAAUAGUCCGGAAAAUCAAGAAAAAGUCGAGGAUAUCGUAAAGGGUUCUGCUAAAACGGAAGAGACCUUUGAAGAUGAUAAAAGGAAAGAUGAUGAAGAUGGUGCUGCAAGUAUUAUGAUUGAACGCCCAGAAAUCCCUAGAGAUGAUGACGAUGAGAUAAUGGACUUUGAAACUAUAUCUGGUAAAACAGGGACGGUUUCCGUAGUAGGUGCCAAAGAUAUAUCUAUGCUGAGAGAGAAAUUGUCGGAAAAACCACAUUUCUCAAAAGAAAUUAUUUGGGUUGUGGUAAAGGAGGAUGGAAUAAUUUAUAAUGACGAAACUAGCUUUGAAAACCUUAAGAUGCAUCAAGAUAAGAUACAUGUAGUGAUCGGGAAUAACAACAGAAUUGUGCACGAUGCAUGCCAGGAUUCCAGCGUUGAAACUGAUAUCAUAUCCAAUAAGCCUUUAACGUCCAGGAAAUGCAGAAUGAGCUGUAAUCAUUUCACAGCUCCAGAAACUGUCUUUGGAUAUACGAAAGAUACCCUUACUAAAGGAGAGGCAGUUGUACAAUGUCCUAAGUGUAACAAAGCAUGGGAAAUGGCAGAACUCGUUCAAAAAUGUGAUAUGUCAAGGGAUGAAAAAAUAUUCCUUGAACACCUCAUGUCACUGAAUUUGAUGACCAGAAUGCAAUUUCAAGCAUCAGUAAGGAAAAAGUAACUUAUUGAUUUUGCGGCUUGUCUUUAUAUGUCUAUUCAGUAAAAUGAGUGAAAAUGAAGUGCAUUCAAAAAAGUAUAGAAUUGUGCAUAGACAUGUAUGUACAUGUAAAACUGUUUACCAAUCCUAACUCG